AUGAGCCAGCCGCCCUCUCAACGGCCAGGCGGUUCACUCCCAAGACCGAUCAGGUUCGUCUCGUCAGAUGGCCAGCCGCAGACGAAGCGGCGCAGGGUGAUCGCAGCCUGCCGGACAUGUCGAAAGCGCAAGAGCCGGUGUUCGGGCGAACAGCCAGUUUGCAAGACGUGUACGGACUAUGGGCACACUUGUCUUGGAUACAGCGACCCUGCCAGCGCUCAGCCGGCCGCAUCCUCGUCCUCCACCGCCGCCGCUGCCACUCGACCGGCUACACAGUCAGAUGUGAAAGGAAAAGAGACCGCUGGGAAACCUGACGGUCCAAAGGAGAAGGCAAAAGAACCAGAGGUGCUUGGAUGCAGUGCUCCCGUUCCCAGUACGGAUCUUCGCGAGCAGAGACGAACCGCAGACGUGGCAGAUCAAGCGCAAGAUGUUCAGCGAGAAAUACAUGUGGAGGAUGUUGCGCCAGCUAUCAGCAGUCCAGAGAGCACACGGUCUGCCCUUAUCUCGAGCCACCGAACCCAUGUCCCGUACUUUAGAUAUUUUGGGCCAACGGCCAUCGUUCCGGGAUUCAAGCAGAUGGUAUACAACCCUCAAGUACAUGAAAGAAAGACAUAA